AUGGCGACGGAGCUUCAUCCUCUUUCGACUUGCUUUGCUACACGCAUGGAGUUCAUUCGAAGUUUUGGAUUGCUGUCGAUCUCGAGGAUAGGGAGGAGGCUACCAAGCAGACCUCCGGUGCUUCAUUGUCGGCACAAUGUACGGCUGAAGUCGACUUUGCCUCCCUCAUUACCGGGCUCCAGUAUUGUUCUCCGUGACUACCAGGAGGAAUGUAUUCAGUCAGUGCUGAAGUAUCUGGGCGAAGGCCAUAGACGCCUCGGAAUAUCCCUAGCCACGGGAGCAGGGAAAACAGUUAUUUUCACACAACUUAUUGAUCGAAUUCCUCCGCGCGAUGCAAGAGCGACGAAGACCAUGAUUAUUGUUCAUCGACGGGAACUGGUUGAACAAGCAGCGAAGCAUUGCCGCCUUGCCUACCCAGACAAAACUGUGGAGAUUGAAAUGGGCAAAAACGUAGCGACGGGGCACGGCGAUAUCAUCAUCGCAUCUGUACAAACACUCGCGCGAGGGCGUAUAGGCAGAUUCGACCCUCGAGCUUUCAAAUUGAUUCUAGUGGAUGAGGCGCAUCAUAUCGUGGCACGUUCAUACCGCGAUGUGUUGGAGCAUUUCAGCCUCAAUGAACCUACCCUAGGUGCACCGGUACUGGUUGGAGUCUCGGCAACAUUUGCACGGUUCGAUGGGUUGAAGCUUGGUGCUGCGAUUGACCACAUUGUGUAUCAUAAAGACUAUGUGGACAUGAUCGGUGACAAAUGGUUGGCAAAUGCAGUUUUCACGACAGUCAAGUCCGAGGCGAAUCUCACGAAUGUCAAGAAAGAUAAGUUCGGGGAUUUUGCCCUUGGAUCGCUUUCAGAGGCUGUUAACACUGCCAAUACGAACAAUAUCACCGUUCGGGCAUGGCUGGCCAAUUCCGAGGGUCGGAAAUCCACAUUGGUCUUCUGUGUGGAUGUUGAACAUGCCAAACAACUAACAGCGACGUUCCGUGACCACGGCAUUGACGCUCGCUAUAUCACUGCGACCACACACAAAAACACUCGUUCUGAGCAACUCGAUGCUUUUAAGAAUGGGGAAUUCCCCGUCUUGUUGAAUUGUGGGUUGUUCACAGAGGGCACUGAUAUCCCGAACAUUGACUGCGUACUACUGGCACGACCAACCAGGUCAAGGAACUUGCUCAUUCAAAUGAUCGGGCGUGGCUUACGACUAUUUCCUGGGAAAGAAGAUUGCCACAUAAUCGACAUGGUCGCAUCCCUUGAAACUGGAGUUCUAUCAACUCCGACCCUUUUCGGUCUCCAUCCAGAUGAGGUUUUGGAUAAGGUCGGUGUGAACGAAAUACAGGAAGGUCGCCAAGAAGAAAAAACUGCGGAGCCCAUCAACACUACACCUGAAGAUGAAACAAAUGACAACGUAACUCUGAAGUUCACCAGAUACGAUAGUGUCUACGACCUCUUGGAAGAUGCACAGUCAGAGCGACACAUCAGAUCCCUCAGCCAGCAUGCCUGGGUACAGAUAGAUGCCAAGAAAUAUCUUCUAUCAGAUUCAUCAGGAUGGUUAACCAUCGCAGAUGGGGAAAAUGGGUUUACAGUCCACCAUGUCCUGAGAUUUAAUGACCCAACAUCUGAGAAACUCCAGUUCACCCGUCCACGACUGAUCGCAUCGGGUCCGGACCUGGAAACCGCCGUGCGAGCUGCAGAUACAUUUGCAGCAGACAAAUUUGAGAAACGAUACAUUUCAUCCCGACAGCCCUGGCGACAAAGUCCUGCUACCUCAGCGCAGAUUGCAAUGCUGAAUAAAGCGCGGAUCCGCGAUGGUCAACUGCGCGUCGGCGAUCUCACACGGGGACAAGCGGCUGAUAUCAUUACCAAGCUGAAGCAUGGUGGCAAGAAGCGAUAUAAAGAUAUUGCGGCUAAGAAACGCAAGGUGCAAAAGAAAGAGAUUGCUUUGAACGAGCUGCGACAGAGGACUGAUGUCAAGGUCGGACCAUUGCAAGGAUGA